UUCUAAAACCCCCUUAACAAAAAAAUUGGGUUUAAAGCCCCUGAAUUCCUCCCAUUCAAAGGGGAGGGACCCUUCAAAUUUGUCCCCUAAUUCAUUGAUUCUCUCUUUCUCUUUUCUCCCUAGUUUUCUGAUACUAGUUGUCUUUGUGGGUUCUUCUUUUAUACUUCAUACACUUUCUCUCACUUUUUUUCUCCGUAGACCCCUGCCUCACUACAGAAAAGUUAAUUUUCUGUGGUGGGUUGCAAGAAGCUCAUCGGGAAGGAGUGAAGAAAGACAUUAAUCAAAUAUCAGAAUUUUCUCUUUGAAGUCGAAAAUACCUGAAUUCCCAUGGAUGACGAAGUCACUAUUGUGGAUGAUGUGCCUGUUGCAAUUCUUACCGGAGUCCACUUUAAUGUCAUGACUGAAAAUGAUGCAGAAAAAAUAUCCGUGUUUAAUAUUGAAGCACCAGCUGGGGUAACUGAUCCAAAGUUGGGAUUUCCGAAUCCUACUUCCCAAUGUGCCACUUGUGGUGCAAGAAGCAAUAAGCAAUGUGAAGGUCAUUUUGGUGUGGUCAAUUUUCCAUACACAAUUAUCCAUCCAUAUUUUGUAUCUGAAGUUGUACAAAUCUUAAACAAAAUAUGUCCAGGCUGUAAAUCCCUUCGGAGAGAAAGAAAAGCUAAGGGUGCUAUGGCAGGAGCUAGGCUAGAUCGGUUAAGGGGUUGUAAAUACUGUGUUGGAAGGCCCCCAUCUUUCAGAUUUAGAGUUUCCACCAAUGACGUGUUUAAGAAGACGGCAGUUACAGUAGAAGCUAUUGAGAGGCCGCAAAGCAGGUUCUCGGUAGAUGAAUUUUGGGACUUUCUUCCAAAAGAUCCUCAAAUAGAAGAAAGCGCGAACAAAAAUAAUUAUAAAAGAGUUUUAUCUCCUUCACAGGUUUAUCAGUUGAUAAAAGAUGUUGAUCCAAACUUCAUGAAAGAGUUUGUUUCAAAUACAGAUGCACUUUUCCUUAAUAACUUUGCAGUGACACCCAAUUGCCAUCGUGUUACUGAACUCAUUCAUCCAUUUUCUACUGGGCAGAAGUUAAUAUUUGAUGAACGAACCCGAGCGUUCAGGAAGCUCGUUGAUUUCAAGGGCACAGCUAAUGAGCUGGCGUCUCGUGUUCUCGACUGCUUAAAACAUUCAAAGUUGCGCUUAGAGAAAACAACGGAUGAUUCUGAUAACAUAGAUGUGUUGAACACAUCAGCAUCGAAAUGGAUGAAGGAAGUAGUUCUGACAAAGCGAAGUGACCACAUAGUUCGUUCUGUUGUCACUGGUGAUCCUAAUUUGAAACUCUCUGAGAUUGGCAUCCCUCGCUAUAUUGCAGAAAAGCUGCACAUCUCUGACUAUCUAAAUGCUUGGAACUGGGAGAAGCUGACAGCAAGCUGCAAUUUGAGACUUCUAGAGAGGGGAGAGGUCUAUGUUCGUAGGAAUGGCAACUUGGUUCCGGUACGUGAGAUGGAGGAGUUCCAGUUGGGGGACCUAAUAUAUAGACCUUUAAGUGAUGGUGACAUAAUGCUGAUAAAUAGGCCUCCAACAAUUCAUCAACAUUCAUUGCUUGCUUUGAAUGUCAAAAUUCUUCCAAUAAACAAUGUAGUCUCCAUAAAUCCGCUUUGUUGUGCUCCCUUGCGUGGAGAUUUUGAUGGCGAUUGCCUCCAUGGCUAUGUCCCACAGUCCAUGGAAGCUAGAGUGGAACUCCGAGAGCUUGUGGCCUUAGAUAGGCAGUUACACAAUGAACAGAGUGGAAGAAACCUGCUCUCUCUAACUCAUGACAGCUUGACUGGUGCACAUUUGCUAUUGGCCGAGGAGGGUGUUUUGUCAAAGCCUCAAUUUCAGCAGCUGGAGAUGUUUUGUCCUCCAAAAUUACUCUCACCUUCAUCAAAACCAGGCAUGUUGACUGGGAAGGAUGUAUUCAGCAUGCUGCUGCCAUCUGAGUUUGAUUAUGUAUCUCCUGCAAAUAAUGUUAAAAUUAGUAAAGGAGAAUUACUAUCAUCGCGUGCUGGAUCAUCUUGGUUUUAUGGAGAUGGAAAUGGAAACUUCUUUGAAAGUCUUAUCAACCAUUGUGGUGGUACAUAUCUGGAGUAUCUCGACACCUCUCAGCAAGUUUUUUGUGAGUGGUUAUCAUCAAGAGGUUUGAGCGUCUCUUUGCUAGACCUUUAUCUAUGCUCUGAUGGACACUUGCGCAAGAAUUUGUUGGAUGAAGUUCAUUGUGGUCUUCAGGAAGCAGAAAAGAAUAGCCAUCUGAAGCAGUUGUUGGUUGAAUCGUUUGUUAAGUACCUUCAUGAUGGAGUUGAAGAUAACCAAAUUGCUACUCUUCUUGAGGCUGAUACAAUGUGCUUUGACAAGCAGAAGUCUGCUGCAAAAAGUCGUGCUUCUGCUAGUGCCUUCAAAUUUGUAUUUCGGGAUAUUCAGAACCUGGCAUAUCAAUAUGCCGCUAAUGACAAUGCAUUGUUGGCCAUGAUUAAAUCUGGAAGCAAAGGAAAUCUGUUGAAGGUAGCUCAACAGAGUAUGUGUCUUGGUCUUCAACAUUCAUUAAUACCUUUGUCUUUCAGGCUUCCUCACAAGCUUUCAUGUGCCGGUUGGAAUGAUUUGAAAUCAAAGUGUUCAGGUUCUGGAGACACGCUUGAAUGCACUACAUCCUUCAUCCCAUUUGCUGUGGUUGAAGGAUCAUUUAUUACGGGCUUAAACCCUCUUGAAUGCUUUAGUCAUUCUGUUACAAGUCGAGGUAGUGCUUUCAGUGAAAAUGCUAAUGUCCCGGGUACCUUAACUCGAAGGCUUACAUUUUUCUUGCGUGAUAUACAACUGGGUUAUGAUGGCACUGUAAGAAAUGUUAGUGGAAAUCAAGUAAUUCAAUUUUCUUACGGUUUUGGUGAGGGUAAGCCUUCCUCAGAUGACCGUGAUGGAUCAGCUGUGAAGAGCAUGAAUGGAAGUGAUGGUAUUGGUGGGCAUCCUGUUGGUGCAAUAGCAGCCUCUGCCUUUUCCGAAGCCGCAUACAGUGCAUUAGACCAACCCAUCAAUGUUCUGGAACCAUCUUCUUUAUUAAACUUUAAGAAAGUGAUGGAGAGUGGUUCGAGAAGAAGGAAAGGAAGCACGACUGUUUCUCUAUUUCUCUCAGACAGACUCAGAAAAUUGCGAUACGGUUAUGAAUAUGGAGCCUUGGAAGUUAAAAAUCAUCUCGAAAAAGUUUUGUUUUCUGAUAUUGUAUCGACAGUCAUGAUAGUAUAUUCUCCGGAGAGCUGCAGUCGGGUGAAUAUGUGCCCUUAUGUUUGCCAUUUUCAUGUGAGCAAGGAGACUGUGAAGAGAAUGCGUUUGAGGGUUUUUUCUAUUGUUGAUGCUCUUAAGAAGAAGUGUGAAGGAACUCCUGUCCUUGCUAAUGUGCACAUUGUGAGCAAGAAUGGCUGCAUUUCUGAUGCUGGACAUUAUGCUACUGGUGUAUGCAUUACAGCCACAAUUAGUGAAAGUCCGAGGAAAUCAUGCAUCGAUGUGAAAUCAGUUCGAGAGGUGGUGAUACCUAGCCUUCUGGGAUCUAUAGUAAAAGGAUUUGUUGAGGUUGAGAAGGUGGAUAUACUGUGGCAUGAUCAGACUGUGGAAUCAGUAUCAGGGAAGCAUUUCCCUGGCGGUGAACUAUACCUAAGUGUCUCUCUGUCAACAACUUACAAGAUCAAAAAACUAUGGAGUCGAUUAAUGGACAAUUGUCUUCCAAUCACGGGAUUGAUAGAUUGGACACGAAGUCAUCCUGAUGACCUCAAUGAAAUUUUUUCAGCUUAUGGAAUUGAUGUUGCUUGGAGAUGCUUCCUUGAGAAUUUGAAGUCUUCAGUUACUGAUAUAGGGAAGACUAUUCUUCCGGAGCACUUAAUCCUAGUGGCGAAUAGUUUGUCAGUAACAGGGGAAUUUGUAGGGUUGAGUUCAAAAGGGAUUGCUCGGCAAAAAGCUCAUGUAUCCGUUUCAUCACCUUUUAUGCUAGCAUGCUUUGGUAACGCGGGUGCUUCCUUCAUAAAAGCUGCAAAGAAGAGAGCUGAGGAUGAGCUGCUAGGGAGCCUAGAUUGUUUGGUAUGGGGGAAGAUGCCUCGUCUGGGAACUGGUGCACAGUUUGAGUUUAUGUAUUCUGGAAAGGGGCAUGAAAUUCGGAAGCCUGUAGAUAUAUAUGAGCUGCUGGCUAGUUCGCAUGAAAAUGAUAGUAAAAUUGAAUUUCCAGCUGAUGAUCAGACUCUUGUGUCUGAAAAGAGUGGUUCUCAAGCUCUUCAACAUUUGAACAAAGUUUCAACUGAAAAACUUUACAAAGUGGCACUUGCAAAGAAAGUUAUACAGACUUGUUUCUCUGUGGAUGACAUAUGGAGGCUCAAACGGUCAUGGAAGGAAAUAUUAUACAAGUAUGACAUUGGUGAGCAGUUGAGCGACUGGGAUAAAGCGCUAUUGUUGAUGGCUUUAAAGUUCCACCCCCAAAGAAAGGAGAAAAUUGGCAAUGGAGCUGUAGGCAUCAAGGUUGGUCAGCAUCCUGAUCACAACGAAAGCCGUUGCUUCAUUGUAGAAAGGCCUGAUGGAACUGUAGAAGACUUCUCAUAUAAGAAAUGCUUCUUUGGUGCUCUGGAAAUGCUCGACCCUAGGAGAGCAAAACUCAUUCAGAGCAAAUACACCAAAAAUGGCUCCACCCAAAAGGCGUGAAAGUCAAAGCAUCCCUCACCCCUUUGUCCCUGGAAGGGUCGAGAGGUCUUACAGAAUCACGGGGAAAGAUGUAUCGAAGGUAAGAAGAAAACGAAACGAAAAUAAAAAAAUAAAGAAAAAAGAAAAUAAAGUUGAAAAUCAUCCGAAAGGAUGAUUGGUAAUUGUUAGGGUAUUAGCCUAAGAGCUCUAUACAUGUUGUAGCAAGAGCUGAACCCACAAAGGAUGGCCGUAAAGCAAAUGUUGCAUUGUGAUGUUUUUUUGUGUAAUAUAUAGUUAUAGGGUUUAGUUCUUUCCUCUACGCUUCUUUUUGCUGCUUCUACUUCAUCUUUUUCGCCAUAUUUUUGCAAAGGCCAAAAAGAUAUUAGUGGAAGCAGCAAAGAGAAGCUGGGAAAGCUAUUAUUUCUGUAGUUUCUCCUUGUAUUGUCUGUUAUACUCUCGGAUUCUCGCAAUGCAAACAUUUCCUUAUAUCUAUUCCGUCA